AUGCGUCAGCUGCUGGGACACCAGACGUCAGAGGAGCGUCAACAGCCAUUGCUUCGCGAGUUAUUUUUGCAGAGACUGCCACAGUCAACACGGAUGAUACUCGCUGGCUCGGACGACGUGACUCUCGAGCGUCUGGCUCAGCUCGCCGACCGCAUCACCGACUGCACCGAGCCAUCAAAAAUGUUUAUCGCUGCAGCGGGAAGGUCCGAACAUGAAGACCGGUUAGGUCGCUUAGAGGACAGAGUUGAACGACUGGCAGCAGCAGUUGAAAACCUCGCCCUGUCCAACGAACACCGGUCUGCGCGGCAUCGUUUGCCGUCCAGUGCUCGAAGCCCACAGCACCACGGCCACUCAAGCGAGGCAGAGCAGAGCGUCUGCUGGUACCACCGCCGUUUCCGAGAGCAAGCCACUCGCUGCACCGAACCAUGCUCGUGGACGGGAAACGCGCCGGCCAGUCGCUAA